CGCACCAUUUUUGCACCCCGCACACCUCUGAUCCUACGUCAAUGUCAUUUUUGUUGAAAAUAAAUAAAGAUUACUUUCUUUUUAGCAUUUAAUUAUUCAACUAAGUAAUUUUAACAAUUUUUAUCAAUGAAGCUUUACAAGCCUAAUUGGGUUAAUCACGAUGAUAAGUCGAUAUUUUCUGUGGAUAUACAUCCAGCGGGGAAGCGUUUCGCAACUGGAGGCCAGGGUCUGGACUCUGGCAGGGUCGUAGUUUGGAAUCUGAAUGCAGUUUUGUUUGAAGAAGUGGAAUUGGAUCCCAAUGUACCAAAGAUGCUUUGCCAAAUGGACAACCACUUGGCAUGUGUAAACUGUGUGCGUUGGAGUAACGGUGGAAGAUACCUGGCAUCUGGUGGUGAUGAUGGGCUUGUGAUGAUAUGGGGUCUCAGUGUGGCCGUUGGUGCCGGGAAACACAAGGCGGAGACUUGGAGGUGUUUGUCUACAUUGCGAGGACAUGGAGGUGAUGUGUUAGACCUGGCGUGGUCUCCGCUGGACAAGUGGUUGGCCAGUUGCAGUGUGGACAAUUCAGUCAUCAUAUGGAAUGCGGAGAAGUUUCCGGAAAUGGUGUGUGUGCUGAAUGGGCACAAUGGUCUGGUGAAGGGUGUGGCUUGGGAUCCUGUUGGUAAAUAUUUAGCGUCACAAUCAGAUGAUAAAUCAUUGAGAGUGUGGAAGACUUCCGAUUGGACGCAAGAAAAAGUCAUCACAGAUCCUUUUGAAGAAUGUGGAGGUACCACCCAUAUCCUUCGUCUCUCUUGGUCCCCCGAUGGACAGUACGUGCUGUCAGCUCAUGCAAUGAACGGGGGAGGUCCGACCGCUCAAGUGGUGGAACGGGAGGGCUGGAGGUGCGACAAGGACUUUGUGGGGCAUAGGAAGGCUGUAACUUGUGCGAGGUUUAACAGUAACAUAUUCGUAAAAGAGGGCAAGAAAUGCUGUUGCGCGGCCGUCGGGUCUAGAGAUAGGGCUCUCUCUAUAUGGCUGACGUCACUCAAGCGACCCCUGGUUGUCGUACAUGAGUUGUUUAGCGAUAGUGUGCUCGAUAUGUCGUGGAGUUCGGAUGGAUUGAACCUGUUAGCCUGCAGUUCAGACGGCACUGUGGCAUGCAUACAGUUCACAAAUAAGGAGAUUGGUACACCGCUCACACUUGAAGAAAAGAAUGCCCUCUACGAAAAGAUAUAUGGCAAGUGUCCAGCCAACGAUGGUGGCGGUGAUUUGUCAUCUAACCUCCUGGUUGAGUGUCCCGAGAUCCUGUUGGCGAGGGAGAAACAGGAAGCGAAAAAGGAACCACCGAAGGAGGAAUCCACGCCUAAAAGUGAAAAGUCACAACAAAAGACAUACACGCCAUCGCCCGUGUCCACGCAGUCCAGCCCGGCGCCGCUGCGGCCGAUGGACCGGCAGAUCGAGACGCGCACGUCGGACGGCAAGCGACGCAUCACGCCCGUCUUCAUCCCGCUCACGCACGCGGACGCCAAUGAAUCUCUAGGUUCUCAACCGGGGGGUCUUGAGAACUGCUUCAGCACCUCCUCGCAGAGCAAGUCGCGCAUCCGAGUGGAGCGACGAGACGAUAUCGUGAUACACCCCAACGUUAGCAACCACGCGCACAGCAAGACUAGUGAUAAUUUCCCCCCCAGCGCGCUGGACCAGCGCCUGCGCAAGCGCACCGCGUCCGCGCUGCCCGGGCCAAAGGCGGAAGACCUCCAAACGAAGCGGCCCUGCCCUUCGCCCCCGCUGGGACCGGCCCAAGCGAGCUAUUUGGCCCCAGCUCUGUCUGUGCCCGCUUUGGGGACGGCGGGGCCGAUUGUGAGAGCCGCCGGCGCGUUGAGGUUACAGGUUGUAAAUAAAGCGUGUAAUACACCAUACGGCAAGCUGUCAAGGUUGGAGUUGAUCCCAAAUAAUUCCGCCUCCAAUGAUCCUGUUUGGGAAACGUAUUUAGGUGCGGCGGUGACGUGCAUAGCGUGCGACGCGCGCUGGGUGUGCGUGUGCUGCGCGGACGGCGCGCUGCACGUGUGGAGGCUCGCCAAGCCCAAGCCGCAGCGCGCGCUGCCGCCGCUCGCGCUGCCGUCGGCGGCGCACAAGAUGACGCUGUCGGGCGACACGCUGAGCGUGGUGACGGCGGCGGGCGAGCUGGCUGUGUGGCACCUGCCCAGCGCCGCCUGCACCCUGCACCCGCUCUCCUUCAGGAAUCUGCUCUCCAAUAAUACUACUGUAACGCACUGCUCCCUCCUGGAGGAUGGCAACCCAAUGAUCUCAUUCAACACUGGAAAAAGCUACAUAUAUUGCAAGAAGCUGUGUGCUUGGGUGAUCUGGCAAGAUGGCGGGGAUCCAGUGCGGCGCGCGGGCGGCGCGGGCGGUGCGGGGGGCGCGGGCGGUGCGGGGCGGGGGCCGCGCGUGGCGUCCCCGCUGCACGCGGCCCGGCCGCCGCACACUCUGCGUACACACGGAAAGUACAGCGCGUGCGCAGGCCGCAGCUGGCUGGAGGCGCAGGUGUCGGCGAGCCUGCACCUGCGCCUGCCCCGGGACUACCGCCACUGGCUCCUCGCGCUCUUCGCGCACCUCGUGGCGCACGGCACAGAAGACCAUCUCCGUUGCAUUUUGGACGACAUGUUGGGACCGAGCCACUGCACGUCGCUGCCUAAGAAGUGGGAGUCCACCAUUUUGGAUAUCAAAAAACACGAGCUCCUAGAAGAAAUGCUCGCUCUAUUGGUUCGCCAGUUGAGAUGGCAGCGGCUCUAUACAGAAUACUCGGACCAGCUGAAUGAAAUCAAACAGGCAAAUGGUUUGCUCAACGGACACUAAUUUUAAGUGCUUAUUAUGUAUAUGUGAAAAGAUAAGUUGGUUGGAUGGUUUCUCAGCGAAUGCAUGUUCUGUGAAAACUAUGGAUUGUAUGGUAUGUUCCUAUUAUUUUGGUUUAAAGUGGUUUUAUUCAAAUUCAAGUAUUAUUUGUGUCAAUGGUGAUGUACUUAUUGAUAUUAUGUGAAUUAAUUUACAUUUACAUUAUAUUAAAUUAUCAUUUUAAACUGAUUUUACAAUCUUUUGUUAAAAUUUAUGCAUAUUAAUAAAAAAAUUCAAAAAUGUGUUGCAAGAAAAAAAAAAUUGCCGCCAUUAAAUUAUAACAAAUUUUUAUUGUAUUUAUUUAUAAACAUUUUUAUUGUAUUGUGUAAAUGCUAAAUGGAUUCUAUGGAUAGAUAAAUUUAAACCACGAUUUGAAAAAUUGCCACCAAGGUUGGCUAAAUUUUUUGUGUAAAAUGUUUUCUGCAUAUAACUGAAUUUAAAAUUAUUAAUAAAAUUGUCGAAUCAUAUUUAGUUGGCAGUCAGAUGGACUUUGAAAAACAUAUUGAUUCAGUUACACAAAAUAAUAUAUUUUAUUUUAAAUACAAUGAAAUGUUUUUUUACUAAUUGCAAUAUGUUAUAUAAAAAUAUAUGUUUAAGUUCCUCUUCCUCCUGGACCGCCAUAAGGUGUGAAACGUGUAUAGAAAUCAUUACUUUUAUUGAAAAAUAAUAAUUAUUUGUGAUAAAUAAGUGAGCAACUGAAAUAGGAACGCAUAGUGCAUGAAGAGGUGCUGCGUACUGGCACACAACGCCGAUGACUGCAUCGGAAACACGGCGAUACCUCCAGUAUACUCAUGCAAUCCUAGUACAUCGUGGAUUGCAAGUAUUGAAAUAUUGUUUGUUCUAAUCGAGGAAUAUUUUGUGGUUUAAAACAACUAAUUUGAUUUUGUCGAUUCAUCAACCAAUAAAUAUUACCUCGGUACUGAACACCUUUUUAAACUUAUGGCGCCCUGGUACCUUGAUUGAUACGAGUACCUAAAUAAAGUCUACAAAGGAAAGGAGUGGAGUGUGGAACUCAAGUGAUCACACCAAACUUUGCUUUAUUGGAAAUAUUAUAAAUGACAGUUAACUGCUUCAUUCGUAUGUCGCCCUGGUACUUUGGAAAUUAUUUAACGAUUAACUUGCCCAAUUGUCAAGCUG